CUGCAGCAGCACAGGCUCAGGCGUUGAUGAUGAGGGCGAGAACGACGUGAGAGCGACGCUAUUGCUACUCUGUGCAUGUGGCACUCAAUUUUUUUGAGGAAGUAAAAGAAACUGGAGAAAAUGGACGACAUACGUGUGGCUGCGCUUGAUGGCUUUUUACCUGGAUCGGCGACGAAAAGUGGGAUCCGUGCCUUCGAGUCAGCGUUCGUGGAGAUGGAUCGAGAAGCCACAUAUCCGCACUAAAACAACGGUCGCGAUGCUAGCAUGCUAGCUUGCUCUUUGAUGUUUGUUUCUCCGACACAUAACGAGACUGUUGUACCGCGGGGAUUAUAGUUUCGGAUGAGGCGAUCAAAAACUUUCGAGUCCGCUCGCAUUUCGGUUUUCCAUUGCCAGAUAACUAGGUAAACGUGAUCAAGGUCAUCCUUACCCUGUCACGUAUCGCGUAUAGCUAUAUAGUUAGCUCACUUUAAAAGUAGCUAUUAGCGUAAUCAAAAUUAAUUAGGCUAAUUAACCUAGCGUUAGCUCGAAAGGCAAUGUAUACCCAGAGUAAUGUUACAUAGUUUACAUAGGAGUGACUAACACAGCCAGCUUGGUUUGUUAGACAGCAUUGAAGUCACAUUAAAUCUUAAUGGUAUUAAGCUACUUGCAAUUAAUUGUUCUUGAAAAAGGGUAAACUAGUUUACACCGUUAACUUAGCGUCAAGUUUGCAAUCUCAAAUAUGAGGCUGAAGAUAAAACGGUUUGUCUUUUAAUUUAGUUUGUCUAGGAAGUAACGUUCAAAUAAACCAUUUUCGUGAUAGGUUAAUUAAAAUAGUUUUUUUUUUUUUUAUAACGACUGUCUCACCGGAUGAGACAGAAAGAGACACUAUGUGACAUUUAAGUCAAUUUUCCGACAGUGACAGUAAAUCAGUUUCUCCUAACACAGGCACAUUUUUAGCUAAAAAAGUGUUAAGCUUGGGCAGGAAACCUGGCACAUCUUUAAAUGCUCUGUACACUGUAGCUAGUAAAAUUUUCCUGAACCUCAUUAAGUGUAGCUCAUAACUGCCAGAUAUGCGUCUUUCCUCGUUUUUGGCCGUGUUCAGGCCUGCUUUACCCCUUAUCCUCGGGCUGUCUCUGGGAUGCAGUCUGAGUCUUUUGAUGGUGUCCUGGACGCAAGGGGAUACCGAUGACUCCUGUAGAGAUGAACUGGGCAAUGGGAGGCACUUCCUGGGCAGAGGGGAUGCCCAGAAGGUCUCAAGGGAUGGAGCUGGAGAUGAAGACUUUCAACCCCGGAUAGUGCCCUAUCAUAAAGACCCAAACAAGCCACACAAGAAAGUCCUCAGAACUCGAUAUAUCCACACUGAACUGGGCAUCAGAGAGCGACUGCUGGUGGGCGUACUGACCUCUCGGGCCACCCUGAACACGCUGGCUGUGGCGGUGAACCGCACAGUUGCCCACCACUUCCACCGCACCUUUUUCUUCACAGGCUUGCGCAGCCCCAAGGUGCCUCAUGGCAUGACUGUAGUUGCUCACGGUGACGACCGCCCAGUGUGGCUGAUGUACGAGACGGUGCGUCACCUCCACCAGCACUAUGGCUCAGACUACGACUGGUUCCUCUUAGCCCAGGACGACACUUACAUGCAGGCUGAUCGUCUGUCUGAGCUGGUGGGCCACCUCAGUGCAGGUCAGGACCUCUACAUGGGCAGGGCGGAGGAGUUCAUCGGUGGGGAGGAGAAGGCACGCUACUGCCACGGGGGUUAUGGCUAUCUGCUGUCUCGCAGUCUGCUGGCCCGUCUGCAGCCCCAUCUUGACACCUGCCGUAAUGAUAUCCUCAGCGUGAGACCUGAUGAGUGGCUGGGCCGCUGCAUUAUUGACUACCUGGGCCUCAGCUGUGUGGAGGUGCACCAGGAGAUGACCUAUCGCUACUUUGAAAUUGGGAAAAACGCAGAUCCAGAGCGUGAAGACAGCUCGCAGUUUAAAAAUGCCUUCACAGUCCACCCUGUGUCAGAACCUAAUCUCAUGUACCGCCUACACAAACGCUUCAGCCAGAUCGAGCUGGAAUGGACUUACCUUCAGAUCCAACAGCUCCAGAUGCAGAUCAACAACCUGAGUGACCUGACACCAGAGGGUAAGGCUGGAGUUACGUGGCCUAUAGGAAUCAACCCUCCCUUCAAACCAAGAACCCGUUUUGAGGUCAUAAACUGGGAGUACUUCACAGAAGAGCAUAUUUACUCAUGCGUUGACAGCUCUCCAAAGUGUGAGAUAAAAGGGGCAGACCGUGCUGAUGUAAACGCAGUUCUGGAGAUUGCAGUGGAGCGUCUAAACGAACGUUACCAGCCCCAGCUACGCUUCCGUAAACGCCGUCUACUUAACGGGUACCGGCGCUUUGAUCCCACGCGUGGUAUGGAGUACAUGCUGGACCUCGCGCUGGAGGCCUAUACCCAGAAAGGCCACAGUCAAGUCAUUGUAAAACGGGUCAACCUGUUGCGACCUCUCAGUGCAGUUGAAAUUAUCCCCAUGCCUUAUGUGACAGAGGCAACACGGGUGCAGGUCAUCCUACCUGUCACUGCCCAGGAUCAAGACUACGUCAGUAACUUCCUCGACAUGUAUGUAAUGAACACUCUCGACACUCAUGAUAAUGUUUUACUCACGUUCUUGUUCAUAUACGAUCCAUUCGAUGCUCAGCGAGUCAGCCAGACUGACGUGUUUGCUGGCAUCAAGGCCAUGAUCGGGGAGGUGGAGAAACGCUACGGAGACGUGAAGAUUCCCUGGAUCAGCGUGAAGACGGAGGUGCCCUCACAGGUCAAGCUGAUGGACAUCAUCUCCAAGAAGCAUCCGGUGGACACGCUGUUUUUCCUGUCCAGCGUGUGGACAGAAGUCAACGCUGACUUCCUGAACCGCUGCAGAAUGAAUGCCAUCAGCAGCUGGCAAGUCUUCUUCCCCAUCCACUUCCAAGAGUACAGCCCUGCUGUCGUCUACCGCGACCAGCAGCCGUCUGCUGCCUCCUCCUCUUUUGCCUCUGAGUCACUGCGAGACGGCCACUUUGACCGCCACGUCUUUGACGAGGCGUGCUUUUACAACGCGGAUUACAUGACCGCACGGACCAAGAUGGCCGCCGACAUCUUAGACAACGAGGAUCUGCUGGAAAGCAUGGACGUGUACGACAUAUUUGUUCGCUACUCAGGCUUGCACGUGUUCAGAGCUGUGGAGCCGGCGCUUAUCCAGAAAUACGUACGGCGAACGUGCAACCCGCGGUUCAGUGAAGAUAUCUACCACCGCUGUGUACUCAGCAACCUGGAGGGUUUGGGCUCACGCUCGCAUCUAGCUAUGGCUCUUUUUGAACAAGAGCAGGCCAACAGCACCUAGAGGCCAUCUGGGUUGCUGGGAUGAUGUGGUACUUUGAGUGUUGAAGCCUCACACAUACUGCCCAGACUAAAGGAUGCUCAUACAGAAUAAUGUGAAUUGUAAUAUUGUACUUUUGUGAUACACACUGAAAUUGUCACCCUUGGUAUGUGGCAGAAAGACGUGCGGAUCAGCUGAAAAACAGAGAGCAUGAGCUCAAAGUUCUAUCCGCCGUCUCUGCUCAGGACCUAAAAGUACCGACUCAUGGGUCUGUAUCAUUCAGUCUGUCAUGUCUAGACGAAUUAUGAGUCAUGAAGGUGUCUUCUUACACAACUCCCUGAACGUGGACUACACACAUUCACAGUUACUUGUAAUCCUGCCAUUGACUUGUUCUUACAGGAGCUUUGGAACAAUAUUUAUACUCCAGUAAAUAUGAACUUUUUGUCUUGAAAUAGUAAAUGAACAAAAGCCUUCAUUAACUGUUUAUAAUUAAUCGAGGAAAAAAAAAAUCUUGAGCCAUAAGUCUUCCAUUGUGGAGAUAUUUAAAAUAAUACUGGAACAAGCUGGACCCAUUGGCUGCCUUUUCUUCAAGAUAUGUUCUGUGUUUUUAAAAAGGUAUUAAAGAGUGAUAUUUC